CAAAACAAGCCCCAUUUCUGUAAUCCACUAAACACUAGUCCACAACAUAUACUCACAUUAUACACACAUUUCUCACCGGAAACACCAUGAAUUUUCCGGCGGCCGUGAAACGCCCGAUCACCAAAUUCUCAUCACCACCUCUUCAAACUCACAAACCACUCAAACCCCAUCAAUCUUUGAUCAAAUCCCCGCCUACCCUUUUCAAGAAAUCACCGAAUUUCAACAAUCACUUGAAAAAUGACUCAUUCACAUCCCUUUCAAGCUCAAGAACUGGUUUUCCGAUGAGUUCUCGGGUCAAUUCGAAGAGGGCUUCUUCGGGAGAUGAUCGUUAUCUUGUGACUGACGUGAAAGCACCGAGCUUUGUUGAGUUUAUUACUUCUGAGAGGAUUAAAGUUGUGGCAAUGCUUGCUAUGGCUUUGGCUUUGUGUAAUGCUGAUCGUGUGGUUAUGUCGGUUGCGAUUGUUCCGAUGUCGCUUUCGAAUGGGUGGAGGCAGUCUUUUGCUGGAGUAGUGCAGUCUUCUUUUCUCUGGGGAUACCUGAUAUCGCCCAUAGCUGGUGGGACUCUUGUAGACUAUUAUGGCGGUAAGAUAGUCAUGGCAUGGGGUGUCACUUUGUGGUCACUAGCGACGUUUCUCACUCCAUGGGCUGCAGAUACUUCUUUGUUAGCAUUGCUACUUGCACGUGUCCUACUUGGCAUCGCAGAAGGUGUGGCUCUUCCUAGUAUGAACAAUAUGAUAGCAAGAUGGUUCCCUUCAACAGAACGAUCCCAAGCUGUUGGUCUUGCAAUGGGAGGAUUUCAGCUUGGAAGUGCUAUUGGACUCACACUUUCUCCUAUCCUCAUGUCACAAGCUGGUGUGUUCGGACCAUUUAUAAUAUUUGGAUUAUGUGGUUUUUUGUGGGUUAUAAUAUGGAUUUCUGCUACAACAAGUACUCCCGAUCAAAAUUUUCAAAUAUCACGAUAUGAGCUGGAGUAUAUACGAAGCAUGAGGCCAAAAUCCUUAAAGGUUGAGAAUGAUUUGGCAAAACCUAAAGUCAUUCCUCCUUUUAGACGAUUGCUUUCCAAGAUGCCAACUUGGUCUAUAAUUGUUGCAAAUGCCAUGCAUAGCUGGGGUUUUUUCGUUAUUCUUUCGUGGAUGCCAAUAUACUUUAAAACGAUAUAUCAUGUUGACCUCAGACAAGCCGCAUGGUUUAGUGCUGUUCCAUGGAGUAUGAUGGCAGUAGUAGGAUACUAUGCAGGUGUUUGGUCAGAUGAUUUAAUUCGACGUGGUACAAGUGUCACUUUUACCAGAAAAAUGAUGCAGACAAUUGGAUUUGCUGGCCCUGGCCUUGCUCUCAUUGCUCUAACAAUGUCAAAAAGUCCAAUAACAGCAUCUGCAUGGCUAACCGUAGCUGUGGGGCUGAAGUCAUUCAGCCAUUUCGGCUUCCUUGUAAAUCUACAGGAAAUUGCACCGCAAUAUUCUGGCGUUCUUCACGGUUUGUCAAACACCGCAGGAACGUUAGCUGCUAUAGUGGGAACAGUUGGAGCUGGGUACUUUGUCGAACUAGUUGGCUCCUUCCAGGGAUUUUUGAUACUCACAGCUAUCCUCUAUUUUAUGUCCACUCUAUUUUGGAACAUUUUCUCUACCGGAGAAUUGGUUGAUUUCGAUGAGACUAAUCAGGUCAAGCAGCAUUAGGUUAAGCCUGAUUUAGAGAAGAGGAAAUAUGGCAGAUAGAGUUAAUUUCAUGUGUCAUGUGUUGUAGGCAGUAUGUACCAGUAUGUUGCUGUAGUUGUAAUGUUUGGGAUGCCGAGGAGCUUACCCGAUUUCUGAUUUUGGAUUAAUGUAGGUUUUUAAUUUUCUUUUUUGUAAAUAUAUCCCAGUAUAUAUUAGGGAGGCGCUUGGUUCAUGGUUAA